AUGAGGGUCCUGGGCAGCCUGAAUGUUGCACUUAUUCCCCAGGACAGCGGGAGGGAAGAUUCAGACCCGUCACUGCUGAAAGCACAUGGGAACACGGGCUCCUUACCCCUGGACUGCAUCCAAGUAUGCUAUCUCCUCCCAUGCAGCCGGGGUCCCUUCCUAGAAAAGACUCAAAACCUGUUACCAAAGAUUAGGAGGAGCUGGGGAGCUCGAGGGUGGGGGCUCUACUUGUGUCUCCCUAUUUCUAGGCUGCUGUUCAUCUACCCCUGGACCAAGAAGUUUUUUCUUCACUUCGGGAACCUCUCCAGCCCUACCGCCAUCAUAAACAACCCCAAAGUGCGUGCUCAUGGCAAGAAGGUGCUCACCUCCUUCGGGGAAGUUGUGAAGAACCUGGACAACGUCCAUGCCCAGUUCUCCAAACUGAGAAAGCUGCACUGUGACAAGCUGCACGUGGACCCCGAAAGCUUCCGGCUCCUGGGAGACAACAUCAUCAAUGUCCUGGCCUCUCACCAGCCCUGGCAAUUUUCCCCUUCCUGCCACACUGCUUUCCGGAAGCUGGUCCAAGAGGUGACCCAUGCGCUGGCCUCCGAGUACCACUAAUCCAACCGGAGGCAUCCGACCUCCUCUCAGGCACAGCUCCUUUCUCAAAAGGGCCCCUUGCAUUUUGAUGGGCUGUACCCAUCAAAUAAAUAUUAUCCAUUGCAAUUAGAAA